AUGCAAUAUACUUCGGUUAUCCUUGCUCUCGCCGCCUCUGCAGUUGCUCUGCCCAACGUUGGCCCCAGCCCCAAGGGUGGUGAAGCCUCCAAGGGACAGCAGCCUUUCUGGCCUACCAGCGACGUCUCGGUCGAGGAGGCCAAGGCCGCCUGCGGUAACGACAACCAGAUCUCUUGCUGCAACGAUGCCACCAUCACUGGUGACCAGGUCGAGGUCGAGACCGGUCCUCUCUCUGGUGCACUGAAGAACCUCCUCGGAGGCAAGAACGGUGCCAAGGGUCUCGGUCUCUUUGACAAGUGCUCCAAGCUCAACCUCGAUGUCCUCAUCGGUCUCAACGACCUCAUCAGCAACCAGUGCAAGCAGAACAUUGCUUGCUGCCAGGGCAACAGCGCCGACUCCUCCGGCGACCUCGUCGGAGUCAACCUGCCUUGCGUUGCCCUUGGCUCCCUUCUGUAG